UAUACAAAACCUAUAUUGGCACGAUUUGCUGACAUCAGUCGGAAAUAUGCAUCGAGCAAGAACGGGAUGAAAUUGACGACUGCAACACGUCCAUCGAUCGACAACGAUCAGUUGUUCCGGUGAAUGUGAUCUGUGCACAACUGUGGUUUGGAAAGCAAACUUUUUUUUGAAUUUUCUUUGCGCGCAAAAUCCGUUUGGCCGGCAGCAUGACUACAAAAUGUGAACCUAACAUGGCGAACAUUAUCCAAUGGCUGCAACAGUUGAACCUUCGAAGGGAUGAGUGUUCGACGGCCGAAGGCAAACAGGAAGCUGGUCCAGAACUAAAGAAGAGGCGACGUAGAAAGUAUACCAGGAAAUCAAAAGACGACAAUCCAUCGAUAAAAACCAACGAUAAAAUUGAAAACCAUAAUUCAACGGUAAAAGAAUCUGCCCACCAGAGCUCUCAACCCAAAUCUAGAAUUCCAAAUGGUCAAGCAAAUCAAACCAACUUGGAAAAGCAUCAAGAAAAUUCCAACAGAAACAGCAAGGCACGAAGGACUAGGAAUCGUCCAUCGUUCAAUCGAGAAUGGAUUAUCAAACCCGUGGAUACGAUCAUACGGCUGCCGAUGAAGUUGGAGGUGUUCGAUCCGAUUACGGAUUGUCCAAUCUGCCAGCAGCAGUUUCGAUCCGAGCGGAUGUUCCGAAGCCACGUGGCGGUUAGUCAUGGUAGUUGCUUCAAACUGGACCCGCUGCUGGACUUCGAUCCCCGCAAUCAUCGUAUCGAUCGUCAGGUGUGCAAACUGGCCAUGCAGCAACUCCCAAUGUCUGUUCCGACGUUUUCCAUAACUGUCGAAAAUCUAGCCUCGGUACCGAUCCUGCUGAACUCGAUCUACAUCUUCGAUGGAAAUGUUCAACUCUGGCCGGUGUUUGCUGGAGGGCAAAUACUGCGGAUGGUUCCCGGGUACUGCUUCGAGGACGAAGUCACGCUCGACGAUAUGGUGUUAGUGGAAGGUCGCAGCUAUUCACUGAUCAUCACAGCUACUCCGGUAGGGUCAGAUAGAUUAUUGAAUCGCCAGGUCGUAGAACAGUAUCACUUCACGGAGAAGGUGGCCAACAAUAGAGGGAAAAAGACUCAGAUAGCGCUGACAAAAUUGCCCCCGUACGAUAUUCCACGGCCGGUUACCAUACUGUACAAAAGCAACUACAAGGACAAUGGUUUGUAUACAAGCCAGGAGAGAGACCUCAUGCGACUAAUUGAGGUAUCUAAGCAGGAUAACUUGCUGUCGCUGGAUAGAUACAGCAAGCAGUUGACUGUACUGAACCAAAUAGAAGCGCAACAUAUGCUGCAGGAGUAUUUCAACUACACCAUUCUGGAACCAGUCAUCGUGCCGCAGAACAACACGCGACUUUAUACCGUAUCGACUAGUCAGUUUAAAAAGAAACCGUCCCUUCUGAACGAGGACGUUAAAGCCAUCUUCAUAUCACAAGGAGCUACCCGCAUGGAAAAAGCGUAUGGAGUUGUGGAGAAAAUCACGGCGGACAUGGUAACCUUUCGCAUGCAGGAGUUUGUCGAUGCAACGAAAGUCGUGAAAAUCAUGUUUAUGCUGAAUCGAACAACAUUCCAAUUGGAGAGAAAAGCGCUGACGCUCAUGAGUGCAACCCUGAUCAAGAGCAUCUGUCUUCCGGAGGCCGUCACUGGAGGACCGCUGGAGAGCUUUGCCAGCUUCCAGUGGAUUCGGCAGAACGUGGCAUCCAACGCGGAACAGGUGGUAGCCAUUCGCAACAUCGUCAAUCAAACUUCGUUCCCGGCGCCGUACAUUCUGUUCGGACCACCAGGCACGGGGAAAACCUCCACCCUGGUGGAAGCCAUCGGCCAAAUAUACAAACUGCGCCCAACCGUCAAUAUCCUGGUUGCAGCUACGUCCAACUAUGCCGCCAACGAGUUGACCAGUCGUCUCUUGGACUGCAUUCCGGAUGAGGACGUUUUCCGGUUUUUCGCAUAUUCGAGUCUCAAAAAAAUCAACGAAAUCGAAUGGGAUGUACUGGACGUUUCAAACCUGGCCGGUCACUCCUAUAGCAACAUCUGCUACGAGGACAUCUACAUGUGCCGUGUGGUCGUAGCUACCCUAACAACGGCUGGGAGACUAAUCCAGGCCAAUAUAAAAUCGAAACACUUCAGCUAUGUGUUCAUUGACGAAUGCGGAAGUUCCAAAGAGAUUACAUCUCUCAUUCCAAUUGCGGGUCUGGCCACGAAUGGGAACGAAAUCAAUGCCAGCGUUGUGCUGGCGGGAGAUCCGAAGCAACUGGGACCUGUGAUCCAAUACGACUUUCUCAAGCAAACCAGUCAUGGCCUGUCGAUGCUGGAACGACUGAUGAACCUUCCGUUGUACGCCAAGGACCAAGUGACAAAUAAAUACAACCACAAAGCCAUAAUGGUUCUUCGCGAUAAUUACAGGUCGAAUGACCGGUUGAUCCAAUUUUGUAACGAUCUAUUCUACGAUGGACAACUCCGAUCGAAGGCAUCCCACGAAAUCAAAAACUUCGCCGUUGGAUGGCAUCGUCUACCCAACAGUAACUGUCCACUUAUGUUCCAUCCGAUCAGUAGUAAAACGAAGCAAGAUAAAUUGACCUACAGCUUCUUCAAUGCGGGUGAAGCCAAGAAAGUCUUGUUCUACGUUUCGGACUUGCUUAAAAAUGGCCUCAAUGGGAAACCGGUGAAUCAGAGCGAUAUCGGUAUCCUGUCAUUCUACGCUCGGCAAGUGACGUUCCUGAGAGGGCUAUGCACCUCGAACAAGUGGCAUGAUAUCGAGAUCGGGUCUGCCGAGCAGUAUCAGGGCAGGGAAAAACCGAUCAUGAUGAUAUCCACCGUAAGAUCUAAUUGUGACAAUGUGGGUUUCUUGGCUGACGCCAAACGACUGAACGUGGCCCUUACUAGGGCGCGAUCGCUCAUGAUCGUAGUUGGUAACACGGAAACCCUACAGCAGGAUCCGCUGUGGAAGAAGUUCCUCGACUACUGCCGAAAAAACGGUGCGAUCGUCAAUCGGAACAGGAAGACAAGUUCUGCUGUUACGACCAGCGAUGUGAAUAAAAUCAGUUCUCCAAAGACUCCCAAAACGAAGAAGAGAACUAAAAAACUUGCAAAUGAUCUAUUCCAAACAACGACUACUCCUGUGGCCACAUGUGAUCUUCAAACUGAAGCAAUUCAUAGAAUAAUUCAAAAAUUUGUACACUCAAAUUAAUCCAAACGUCAUUGUUACGUGAAAACAUACGAGGUUUUUUUCCAUCGCACUUUUCACGUAGCUCUUAUGUUAAUCAUGAGUAGCCAAGAAUGAACGCAUGAACUUUUGAACUUCGUCCAUUCCACCGGCGCUACACGUAAGAGCUACGUGGAUUUUUUUGGUAGCCUUUACGAAGCGUUUCAGUAGGAUCUAGAUGGUUUUGCGUUAAAUUUAACUGGAAUAAUGACCAGCCUUAUCUUUAAUAGGCUUUGGAAGAAAACUAAUUCCUAAUUGGAAAAUGUAAACAAACCUAAAAGAUUGUAAUAUUUUUAUAUUCAAUCUGAGCAUUGUGAAUCCUGUUUCCCAAAUAUUGUGAGUUUGUUCUGUCUUGUUGUAGCCUUCACGUGCUAUAGUUGAUAAAGGUUAGAAAUCAGGUAUAAAAUAUGAAGUAAUGCAGGGAUUCUUCGGUAU